AUGACUACAGCGGAUGGGCCCUCGCCCGGGGUUCACCCGGGUUCACCUCCGACAAAAGCGUCGCUGGCAAGCUGGUGGGAAAGAUUUAAGAAAAAGCCUCCACCGAAAGAAGAUGGUAGCGCUCCCAUUUCUCACUGUUCCCUUGUGUCCAUAAAUAGAGCAAACUAUCUACAGGUUCUCGAGCUUACACUGAUCUUACUUGUAGAACACCCAACGGGAAUAUUUUCUGUGCCAUUGCAUAAAAGCAUACAAUAUGCCAACGUCGCAAUUUCUCUUACAGAUCCCAACGGCGAACAAUUUAUCUAUGGCUAUGUUCCUAUAGUGGUUGCUAAGUGUGGUGUCUUUUUGAAAGAGAAAGCUACCGACGUUGAAGGAAUCUUCCGUCUGAGUGGGUCUGCAAAGAGGAUAAAGGACCUACAAACAAUUUUUAAUUCCCCAGACAAGUAUGGAAAGGGCCUGGAUUGGACUGGCUACACAGUCCAUGAUGCAGCAAAUGUUCUCCGGCGUUAUCUCAAUCAACUUCCGGAGCCUAUAAUUCCUCUGGAAUUCUAUUACCGGUUUCGUGAGCCAUUGGUAACCCAACCGGAGGGUCAGGAGAUUUUAUCGGCCAUUCGAUCAUACCAGCGUCUUAUUUCUGAACUCCCACCACUCAACCGACAAUUGCUUCUUUACAUCUUAGACCUUUUGGCGGUUUUUGCCUCCAAAGCUGAGCAGAACCUGAUGAACGCUAGUAACCUCGCAGCCAUCUUUCAACCCGGCCUGAUAUCACAUCCCAACCACGAUAUGGCACCUGGCGAAUACAAGCUGUCCCAGGAGGUCUUAGUAUUUCUUAUCACUCACCAGGACCACUUCUUACUCGGGAUGCGGGGAAGCGAGGAUCAAAAUCAGGCUAGCCUAGUUGGGCCAAUUACCCCCUCAUCUCCAAGACGUUCAAAGACAGUGGUCAGUAGGUCGCCUUCAAAUGCUAGUGCUGGGGCGGACGAUGUGAGAAAAUACGGCGGGGUACGCAGAAAUGUCUCAGUUACAUCCCGAAGGUCUAGUGGUAGUCCAGUUGUAAGCAGCGUUGGGGUAGCGGGGGGAGGGGUUAAUGGUAGUGGCUUGAACCGGAGUAACACUCUUCCCUCAAAGCGAUCUCCCGCUGUGCGACCGGCGGCCUUUGCACCAGGAGACGUUUCGCCGAGCCCUAAUUCCCCGCACACUCUGGCGCCCACGUCGAACAUCACGAGGUCGCCCUCUAUCGGUGGACAGAUGCGCGAAAAUGUUGGUCCUACUUCUCCGGACAUCGCUUUAGCUGAACCAAAACGUGAAGCUUCAAGCACGUCUCCGCCUAGGACUGAGGUCCCUAGACAGGCUCCCAGAGAGCCCCCCAGAGAGCUCCCUGGAGAGAGUCUGGAGAGUCCCCAGGCACAGCCACAACCGGUCGUAACACCCACAAAGGAAAGGACAUUUCAGAAUUUUUUCUCAUUAUCCCCCGAGGGCGAUAGGCCUGGCAGGCCCCCCAACAAGCUAAAAAAAAGGCGAAUCCCAGGAAGCGGCGGCAAUUCCGCUGAGUCUUCAACAACAUCCUUAUCAGGUGUCGGUGGUGGACCGAAUCCUAAUGGGCCUGCUCCGACCUCCCAUGGGGCGCUUGAGCCUAGUAAACUAUUGUUUCCUCGCCCACAAUCACCACCCCCACGCUCGCCGAAUAUCGACAUAGCUUUACCUUCGAGUUCCCAAACCAAUCAUGCCUCUGCAGGCAAUCCACCCUCGGCCCUAAUGCCUGCAAUGUCACCUACACCAUCGGCAACUUCAAGUGUGACUAGCCAUAGCAGCACUCAUUCCCAGUCAGACACGGCUACAAAUCCUGCUAGUUCUCCGGGGAAGAGAAAGCGGCGUUGGCGCCUGUCGAAUCCACGGUUCGAGAACCCUCCCGUCAGCUCAACACCCCCAAAUGGCGGCGGGUCUAGUGGUAGUCUUGUGGAGAGGAUAAGGAAGGCUUCUAGGAGUCCGCCGGCCCGCCAGAGAAGCGUUAGUGGAGAGACCUCCCAUCUCGUUGAAGAGGAUAACCACGCAAAGGCGCCCAAGAAUAUAUUCGGAUGGUUGCAGAAGAGCAUCGAUGAACGAAAAUACCAAUUCGAGCGUGAGAAGGAAAAGGAGAGGGAGAAAGAAAAGGAGAAGGAGAGACAGAAGGCAGAAAGACAGGUUGCUCUUCAAAUGGAUCAAUUCAUAUAUCCCAAGAGCCCUCCUAUACAACCCCUUGCACCUAGCUCGCCUUUGGUCCAACCUCCUACCCCAUUGUUUCAGUAUCAGGCAGAUAUGCCUUCACCCAUGUCUCCGAUACAAGAGAAGGGAGCUUCACCCCCUGCAGUCGAUGGUCCCACUGAGCAGCUACGGAAGCCCACGUUAUUAACUGAGUCCAAACAAAACUCAGAAGAGACAAUCCGAGACGUGAAGCCCAAGGAGUGCCCAGAGCGAGUAUCAAUACCGGGAGAAUCAAUUGAACCAGAAGGCCGAGCUCCUUGUCAGCCCGUAGAGGCAAAAGUACUCGAGCAACCCGAACCUAAGGUCUAAUAAAAUACAAUAUCUCUCGAGCACAAAUGGGGGAUUAAUCAGAUAAUGGGCUCUCACCUCCUCUCUUUCUACAUCCCUCCCGUCUUUAUUAUAAAAAAGGCCUCCUUGGGUAUCUCCUACGCUAUGCGCUCCUUUCCUAUACGUAGUAAAUGAGGAACGAGACAAGGUAUUCACGGUGUUUUAUUUUUAUUUUAUGAUGCUCUACUUUCCUCAUCCCAUGAUGAGUAAAUUUCGAGUUUUCUUAUUUGUUCUUAUUUUUUUUUCCAACAUUUUCCCCCUCCCCCCUCUUUUCUUCUUUUCUACGGAGGUCUUGCCUACGAUAGAUAUACUGCCCCGUUCUUGCAUGUUUUGCGGCGUGCUCCUCCAUUUCCUAGGUAGGCGGGUGCCCACGGGAACACUUCCCUUCUCUGCAGAACCGGGACGGAGACACGGUCCCGGGAGAGACGAAAUGAAAGAGAAAAAAACAAGGCCAAACUGGGCAAAGUUUGGAGAAGCGGGGAUAGGGAGGGGAGUUUCUGAUGAUUUAUUCCCGGAGUACUUGACUUUCAAUUUUCAACUCAAUUUAUUAUUCUACUAAUUCUACUUAUACUCCUUCCACUUGUUCUUGGCAGUGAUGAUGGUGAUAAUGGAUAAAACAAGGCUGAGGCUUGAUGAGACCAUACCUGACCUUGCAGUUUCUCACAUUGAUGUUUUUUUUAUCUGGUAUCGUCUUGUCUAGUACCGUGGGGUUAGCUAGUUGGUCACGUGCGGUAGUCGGGGGUAGGGUAUGAUUACCCUUUUUUCUUUUCUUUUCUUUUACUUUCUUAUGAUACUUAACGCUGGGUUUGGUGGGGAGUUAGCUUGGUUGGGUUGGUAUAAUGUAUGUAUGUAUGCGUAGGAUGGAUUGGAUGCGGGUAUGGUGGUUUGGUGGUUAUAGUACGGAUGGAAAGGUUUAUGAUUAUGGUUAUCGCUUUUUUAAUUUACGAAUUUAGAAUUUUUUCGCU